AUGUCGGCAGAGGUUGCAGAGCACCCCUCUGGCCCUCCGGCCCGGCAGGUUGUUUAUUGUGGAGUGUGCAGCCUCCCACCAGAGUAUUGUGAAUUUGGUGGGACGGUGAAAAAGUGCGAGGAAUGGCUGCACAAGAACCACCCUGACAUGCACCAGAAAUUGUACUCGGCAGAGGCGUUGAGUGCCAACUUGUCGGCCCUGUCGGUCGAAGCGCAGAAACGAGCCGAGAAGGAUGCGGCGAAGAAGACAGCCAAGGCUGCAGCGGCCGAACAGCGCGAGGCCGAGAGGAAAGCAGAAGCGGUGGUGCUGAUCAAACGGGUCGAGCGCAACAAGAGAAAAUACGUCACGGUGGUAUCGGGACUCGAAGACCACGGUCUUGAUCUUAAGAAAGUGGCCAAAGAGUUGGGCAAGAAGUUUGCGACGGGAAGCAGUGUGACAAAGACAGCCAGCGGCGGCGAAGAGAUCACGGUACAGGGGGAUGUGAGCGAUGAUCUCUACGACUGGCUGACCGAGAAAUACCCCGAUAUACCAGAGGACAACAUCGACAUGAAGGACGAGACGAAGAAGAAGGGAGGCAGUUAG